AUGGACAAUCACUCUAGCGCCACUGAAUUCUGCCUUCUAGGCUUCCCUGGGUCCCAAGAACUACACCAUAUUCUUUCUGCUAUCCUCUUCUUCUUCUACUUAGUGACAUUAAUGGGAAACACGAUUGUCAUCAUGAUCGUCUUUAUUGAUAAAUGUCUACGGUCCCCCAUGCAAUUCUUCCUCAGCUACCUCCCCAUCCUGGAGACCCUGAUCACUUCCAUAAUUGUCCCCAUAAUGCUUUGAGGAUUGCUGCUCCCUGGGAUGCAGACAGUAUCUUUGAGUGCCAGUGUUGCUCAACUCUUUCUGUACCUUGCUCUGGGGACCAUAGAGUUGGCAUUAAUGGGAGUGAUGGCUGUGGACUGCUACGUGGUCGUCUGUAACCCUUUGAGAUAAAACAUCAUUAUGAACAGCAUCACCUGUAUCUGGAUGGUAAUUGUGUCAUGGUUGUUUGGGUUCAUUUUUCAAAUCUGGUGCUUCUAUGCCACGUUUCAUCUUACUUUCUGCAAAUCAAACCUGUUAGACCAUUUUUAUUGUGACUGAGGCCAAUUGCUUAAACUAUCCUGCAAUAAUACUCUUUUCAUAGAGUUUACCCUCUUCUUAAUGGCUCUUUUUGUUCUUUUUGGUUCUUUGAUCCCUGUAAUUGUCUACUACACCUACAUCAUCUUCACCAUCCUCAGGAUCCCCACAGCCUCUGGCUGGAAGAAAGCCUUCUCCGCCUGUGCCUCCCACUGCACCUGGAUCAGCUACAGCAGCUGCUUUUUCUUCUACGUGAGACCCAAGCAAACGCAGGCAGCCGAGUACAAUAAGAUAGUUUCUCUGAUGGUUUCCAUGUUAACCCCUUUCUUGAACCCUUUCAUUUUUACUCUUCGGAAUGACAAAGUCAAAGAGGCCCUUCAAGAUGGAGUGAAACGCUGCUGUUAACUCCUCAAAGAUUAG